AUGCAUUCUCACCUUCACACUCCGUACAACGUCAACUGCGAGGAAAUCAUGACAGCCCUCGAUGAAUGUCACGCCCGUGGCUUUAUGUGGAAAGCUCUCGGAAACUGCAAUGACAUCAAGAUCGAAGUGAACAAGUGCCUCUCCAUGGAACGAUAUGACCGGGCGAAGAACAACCGCGACAAUGCACGUGAUAAGCGGCGACGCAUCGAGGACAUCUGGGCCAAAGAGCGCUCUUUCAGUCAGCCAGGUCAGGCCUCCAACGCCGAGGGUGCACCAGAUAGUGCCAAGCAAUGA